UGGCUACAAGCAGUCGAAUGGUUUUAUCCCCGCCCCGACCAUGAUCUUCCUGGCGGGAUCAUUUCCGAUAUCCUGACAGCUUCUCCUCCAUCUCCCCUGAUGAAUCAAUUGAUCGCAGUCGUUAGAAGCGGAACUUCAUCUGAACCCCCCUCGCUGGCCGUAACCAAUCUACGCCUUUCCCAGAUGAUCCAUACGGCUGCUACCAAGCAGUCCGAAUGGAUCAGCAACUUGAUCCAAAUGCAGGCCGCUCAUAUGGAACGGAUGGAACAGAUAAUGAGCAGGCUCAUUAAGCCUAACCCAGCUCCUGCUCGGCCUGCCCCUGCAUCGUUUCCACUCUUACCGGCCCCGCUUGCUUCAGGGUUCGCGCCUCAGUUCCCUCAUCUAGCUAAGCCAGCAGGGAAGAUCGAAUGCUUUAACUGCAAGCAGCCUGGGCAUUUCGCCCGAGACUGUGCGCAGCCGAAACGUAAUCAGCCUCCCUCUGCUGCGGCCCCCGUUGCCCUUAAUCAAGGACGAGUAACCGCUCUGAUGGAUACGGAUCAAGGAAGAGAACUCGUGGCAUAUGCCACAGAGAAGCCCUCCCCUUCGAUGGCAACAACAUCGACAUCGGGAACUUCUUCCCCUGAUGUUGCUGACGUGGUCGAUCCUCUCGAGUAUCUUCAUCUCGCAGGCAUGAUCGGAGCGAUCCGAUCGGUCCCAGAUGAUCUCGAGUGGGUCGAUCGCGAAUCCAAUCGAGGAUCGCAGUUUCGGACAGGAGACAUUGAUGUACUGAGAACGCUCAAGCAGUUAGACAUCCGCGUUCCUAUCCCCGUAGGGCAUCUGCUCACCAUAUCUGAAGCGGCGAACGAUWAACUUUUACAACACUGCCAGAAAAAUCAAAAGCGUUUCACCUAUCAACGCAUACAACGGAUGUUGAAGAAGAAGGAAGAAGAUGAGGAAGUGGUAUCCCCUGAGCCGGACACUAAAGAACCUGAAGCCGCACGCAUAGCCGCCAUCUCUUUAGCAGAAAAGGAUCACUUUGUACGAGCUUGGCCAGUAUUAUGGAAAAGUGUGGAAUGUGACUGUGAAGUUUGGGGUAAGUUGUUUAAUGCCCUAAUCGACACAGGGUCUUCUGCAGUGGCCAUAUCAUUGGAGACUGUUAAAAAGACGAGACGACUUGGAUCCAUUCUUCCUCAAUCUGGCAAAGACAACUAUGUCUCUGCUAAUGAGGAAGCAAUGAACAUUGUAGGCAUUAUCGAGAACGUGGCGGUAAAGGUCGGGCGAGUACACGUCCUUGUUAACGCACUUGUAAUAGAUGUACGUUCCUACUCUGUGUUGUUGGGAUUACCUUGGACAAUGGUGGUGGGCGCACGUCUGCAUUUCGAUUCGAAACAAUUGGUGCUCACACAAACUGGGGGAAAGCCUCAGACUGUUCCUUUGCAGGUUUCCACCCGAACGAUAAAACGGGUUCCUAACUCGCCCCAAAUAGAGAUGAUCCGAGGCAUUGAUCCCGAGGAGUGCUCCCUCUCGCGCCUCGGGGAUGGAAUCAGGGAACGAGAAUACGAAGAAAAGAUGCCCAGUAAAGAGGAAUGGAAGCAUCUGGUUGAACUUUUCGAACAUGAAACCCCCGAAGAAUUUCGAGUGUGCCCCGACACCGCUCGAAGCUUCCACGUGGAUUCUGAAGGCAGUGCAUUCACGCCUCUAACAACCCAGACUUUUGAGGAGUUGUCCUUCUGCCUAACCCGAGUACAAGUGAAGUGGACGGGCACUAUUGAGCACGCCACGUGGAUCGAGAAUCCGGAGCUGCUGAUCAUACAGGGUUGGAGGACUAACGCGGAAGGAGAUCUUACUGGAUUCCUCUUUGGAUCAGUACGACCGGGUCGCCGUCAGUUGAUUGCACAGGAGCUCAUCGCACCGAUCGUGCAAUCAGACGAUCUCUCGCCCGACAUCUACUUUCAGAGUGACAACAGUCCUGCUCCGUACAUUUUCGAGCGAUCCUUGGAACCGUACCUUCAGUGGACUUCGUGCUUGGAGGAACCUAGGGACGAGGAUACGCUACCAUCGCGGCAGGAGUAUCUGAAGCCGUACGAGAUCAUCCCUCACGCCUUCUACCCGAGGGCAGAAGAAGUGGUGAUUGACGACGACGAUGACGAAGAAGAAGACGACGAGGAGACAUCGGAGGAGGGAAGCUAUAGUGAACAUAGUGAGGGCGAGCUGAGUGAGGAGGAAGAGGAAGAAGAAGGAACCGGGUCCGAGUGGGAAGCCCCACCGGAGGAAGCGACGCGUACGGGAGCGGAGACGGAAGAUCCGGAAGCGGCGCGAAAGCGCGAAGAGAUUGCCUCCGGAAAGCGCCAGCUGGAGUUCGCUAGCGAGGCUAGCCUGCGCAUCGAGAGCGAUCCGACCAGGGAUCCAGAGCCGCCGAGGCCCGAAGAUGGCGACCCUGCAGCCGCCACCUCAAGUACCGCGCGACGGAGACGGCGCCGAUCCCCCUCCUACUCCAGCCCCACCCGUCCCCCAGUUCGCCCACGUACCAAUGCGGGCGAUAGGCCUUCGACCUCAGAUGCUGUCCCGCCGACCCCUUGAUUUUCUCACCCUCGAGCAGAUCCGUACCCCUGUCACCUUCCCUUCCCAUCCUUUCCAUCCCCAUCUCUUCCGCGACUUCUACUCUACCCGUCUACUCGCCACCGUCCACCCCCACGCCUCCCUUCAGUCUGCUGCUCCCACGUUCUGCUGGCAUCUCCUGCUGUUCAGUGCUGCAUGGGAGCAAUGCAACGUGGUAGAAGUUUACUGCAUCGCCACAGGGACAAUCCUCGCUUGCCGCCACUUCGAGA